AUGAAACUAUUCCUCCAAGCCACAGCAGUCCUUUCCCUCCUUAUUGCCAAGGCAUCGGCUGCACAGAGUGGCAUUUUCGCCGCAAAUGGAGUCGAGCUCGAGGUUUAUCAAUUUGCUGAGGAUACCAUCAUCGGGGAGCCAGCGAGAGACCUUGAGGGCCGAGACACUAACGCGUGCACCAAGUGUGUGGGUCAUCAUGGAAGCUGUGUCGUAGGAGAGGGGAACUGCUAUGCCCCUGAUACAUGUGGAUUCUGUGGAGGUUGUUCUGUUAACCAGGCCCGUUGCCAGAACCCCCAGAAGGAGGGUUGCCAGUGCUAUAAAUGA